AUACGAUGUUGAGAAUCCACUAGAUAAAAUCCUUCCAUCCAGAAAGCAUCAGCACAAAAGUGAAAAAUGCCACACGGGGACAAUACACAACAGCCACUUACCCUCUGGGGGUAAGAAGUUAAAAGACAGUGGAGAAGAUUUAAAAGCAGCAACGAUUUCUGAGGACCUGAAAUCCACAGUGAAGGAAAAGCCAAGGCCCAGGUCUGGUCUCAUUGUCAGAGGAAUGAUGGCUGGACCAGUAGCAAGUUCACCAGAGGAUCUGCAGAAAAGGAGGCUUUCAAAGCGAUCUACUAGCAUAAGCAACACAGCACAGUUCAAGGGUGAAGAACAUGAAGAAAAUGAUCUGAGUUUCCCAAGUGCUGAUUUUCAAGAAAGCAAAGGAUCUUCAACACAAGUAAAUAUGGAGUUUGCAUCAAAGACACUGUCAAGCUCACAUAUGAAUUCAGCCUCUGAAAAACUAAGAAAUGUCCCCAAAGAUACAGAUGGCUCUGUUGCCAAACUGCUGCCUGAAAGAGAGAGGACGAAGACAGAAGAAAGAAAAUCAGUUCCAAGCUUUGAUACAAACAGCAAUGAAAAAAGCCUUAAAGUGAGUGCCUCCCAUAGACAUUCAGGGGCUGGAAGAGAGAAGAGAGAAAGGUCCCUCAGGAAAAAUGAGAGUCGGUUGUCAGGCCCCAGGAAGUCUCCAACAUCCACUUGCUAUAGAGAAGACCAGAUGAAAGAUGUCCUAGAAUUAGUUGAUGUUGAGGAUGAAGAAGCAACCAGAGAAGUUAGUAAGAACCUGGAUCUUUCAACACUGUACAUGCUUCAAGUAGUAUCAAAAGCAAUUGAUGUUUCUCUGGCAAAAGAAUUAAAAAAUCUUUUGUUUGGCUCUAGUCUUUCUUGCUUCAGUGAAGAAUGGAAAAUACAGAGCUUUACAUUUAAUAACAUACCACAGUUAAAAUACGGCAUUGUGCAGAAAAAGGGUGGCCCAUGUGGAGUACUGGCUGCAGUUCAAGCUUGUGUCCUACAGCAGCUUAUCUUUGCAGACAGUAACACGAAUAAAGACACUCGUUGUCUUCAACCUUCAGAAGUUCACAGGACCAAAUGCCUCACCAUGGCUAUUGCAGACAUAUUGUGGCGUGCAGGAGGCAAUGAAAAAGCAAUUGUGGCACUGCCAUCAGGAAGACAGCAGUUCACUCCCAUAGGAAAAUACAAGGCAGAUGGAAUCUUAGAAACUCUAAUACUACAUAGUACCACAAGAUAUGAAGAUCUGAUUGUAUUUCUUCAGCAGAAUAUUCACCAGUUUGAAAUCGGUCCCUGUGGGUGCAUCCUUCUGACUGUGUCUGUCAUCUUAUCAAGAUCUAUCAAUCUGGUGCGCAAUGAUUUUGAUGUACUUACAAACCGAUUGAUUGGCAGCCAUGGCUAUUGCACUCAGGAAUUGGUGAACUUGCUUUUGACUGGCAAAGCUGUGUCCAAUGUUUUCAACAAUGUGAUAGAGCUGGACUCUGGAAAUGGCAAUAUCACAAUUUUGAAAGGUAUCACAAGCCGCAGUGAUAUUGGUUUGCUGUCUCUCUUCGAGCACUAUGAUGUUUGUCAGGUUGGUUGUUACCUGAAGACCCCUAGAUACCCAAUUUGGCUGGUGUGCAGUGAAAGCCACUUCAGUGUGCUUUUUUGUUUGGAAAAGGAUUUACUAGGUGACUGCAAAACAGAGCGGAGAUUUGAUCUAUAUUAUUAUGAUGGCUUGGCCAACCAGGAGGAAGAAAUACGGUUAACAGUUGACACAACUCAGAUGUGCACUGAAGAUAAAGAAAAUGAUCUUACUCCUCCACUUGAGCACUGUAUUAGGACAAAGUGGCAAGGAGCUGUUAUUGACUGGAAUGGCACAGAACCAAUCUUGUGA